AUGGCAUUCUCAUUCUUGGUGGCUUUUGGCCUGGGCGCAGUCGCUUAUCUAGUUCUGCAAUUCCUUUUCCGACCAGAUCCAUUGAAACUUCUAAACAUUUAUGGGCAGCCUGGAAAAUGGUACUUCUUGAAGUUCCAUCUGAUGAGAUUCAUCAUUGAUCGCCGUCAAAAGAAAACGAAGAAGGGGGACUCUUCUGAAUCCAAAAACAAAGAGAAUUUGAUGAAUUCACAAUGGGGAGGCGAUGGAGGAGAGAGGGACAUUGAGGAGAUGGAGAAGAAACAUGAUAUGAAACAGGAAUGGUCAGCCGACGCCGUCUUCUUCGACGCCUCAAACCGUGACGGAUGGUAUUUCACACUUGGAACCGCCCAAAGACCAAACGACAUCAUCAACUUGUUUUUCAUUCUUCGUAUCCCAGGAGUCGGUACUUUUGUCAAUGAGGAACUUCACACCGAUACCAAUGUCAAGAGCAUCCGCUGUUCCGAAAAAGAAUGGAAGACUGAAAGUGGAUUCAUCGUGUCCUGUAUCGAACCAAUGAAAAAGUGGAGAAUUCGAUUCAAUGGAAAACUGGCCUCGUCUCCGGGAAAGCUGAAUUUUGUGAAAAAUGGAGCCGUAAAAAUGAAGGAUGAUGUCAAGUUUUUCGAUGCAAACUUUGACUUGACAUGGACAAAUUUCGGAGCCCAAUUUGAUUUCGACAAGCAAUGCUCGCCAACAGCGAUCGCUCAUUCGCUAGCUAUCGAACCAUGGAGCAGAGGACUAUUCGACAAAAUGAGAGCUUCUCAUCAGACACAUUACGAACAAUUCGGAAAACUUGUUGGCGAUGUAAAAAUAGGAGAUCAUGAGACCAAAGGAGUCAGAAUGACAAGUAUGAGAGAUCAUACCAUCGCUGGAUUCCGUAGAUGGUCGGAUAUUCGAAGAUACAUCAUGAUGAUUUACCAUUUGGAAGAUGGAACAUGCAUUCACACAUCGGUUAUCUCAAUGCCAGAAACUGUCUUCAGUCAUCUAGAAUUCGGAUACAUUGUUACACCAAACGGCGAGACGAAACCAGUUGAUCGCGUUCAUUUCUCUCUUCCCAAUCAUGGAGAAGAUCGUGACUUCCCAAAUGACUUCCACUAUUCUUUCGAAGUCGAUGGCAAAACUCACUAUGCAGAUGUACAUAUCAAAGAGGCGGUCUCUUUCAAAAUGGGGUUAGAUCAAGCUUGUCAGGUCAAUGAAGGAAUGGCCGAGUACGUUGUGGAUGGAAAGAAGGGAUGGGGAUUCGCAGAAGUCGAGUAUCGCAUUCAGCCUUACUAA